AUGCCCAUUAGAAUUCCCACACUCGACGAGCUCGAGAUCGAAGGCAAUGUCGGCAAGAUUGCCCCCGAGAAGCUGCGCUGGAUGCCCUCCUUCCCGGCUGAUACGCCCGACGACGUGCUCCGCAAGGAGCUGGAGGCCAACGGCGUAGUGCACGUCAAGGGCGUCAUUCCGCGCGAGUACGUUCUCGCGACGCGCAGGAAGUACUUUGAGACGGUCGCCGAGACGGGCAUCCUCAAACCAGAUACCGACCCCACGGACGGCAUCUUCAGCGGCGAGAACCCGACCAACUUUGUCGGCGCCGACUCGGCAAAGUACGUCGAGGACAACCCCAUCGCCAAGCGGCACAUCGAGCUGGUCUUCGAGGCCGCACAGUCCGAGUGGGCAAAGGAGUUCUGCGAGAACGAACAUAUCCUGGCCUUUGUACACCGGUUCAAGCCCGACUGGACAGCGCCCUUCUGCUUCAAGCGCCAGAUCUGGCGCUCCAACAUCCCCAACUCUGAGCGCUCAACCACAGGCGUGCACUACGACCACAUCUUCCUCCGUGGCGGGCCGCCGAUCGCACUUACGGCGUGGGUGCCAGUCGGGGACGUGCACCCCCUGCAGGGCGGGCUGAUCUACCUCGAGGACUCGCUCCCCGUCGCCCAGCGGAUCGAGGACGACUUCACAGCGCAGGGGCUGGCAAGGGGGUUCGCGCCGGACGAAGCGCUCAGCGCCUUCAACUCGAAUAUGGGGGUCGCGGGUAUGUUGUCCCGCGACGCGGGCGAGUUCCAGGCCCAGUACGCCGACGGCCGCCGUUGGAUGGUGGCGAAUUACGAGGCGGGCGACGUCGUGUUCCACCACUCGUUCUCCAUCCACGCGAGCACCACCAACCGCGACCCCGACGGCGUGAUCCGCCUCUCGGCCGACCUGCGAUACGCUGAUCGCGAGCAUCCGUACGAUGGCCGUUGGGACCAGGCGCCUUACCACGCCAAUGAUGGACUUUAG